CCGCUGCGGGCGGCCCUCGGCGCUCCCCCACCCCCGGCGCGGGGUGGCCUUAAAUCGGCCCCGCGCCGCCCGUAGCCGCAUCGCCGGCGCCGUCUGAAGGCGGGCGCCGCCAUCCGCCGGCAGCGCCGACGGGCCGGUCCCGGCUGCGAUCCCGGUGCCGGUGCCGGUGCAGGUCCCGCGGCGCAGGGAGGACACGCCUCCGCCCGGCGGCGGGCGAUGCUCCCCCGGCAGCCUCCGGCGCGGUGCCGCCCCGCACUCCGCGCCCCGGCAUCUCCGCCGUGACCGACCCAUCUCGCCAGGUAGAGAGAUGCCUGGGCGUUGGAAGCUCCCUGCAGCAUGCUGAGGAGACGUAACCUUCUUACCACGCUCCUGAUUGCCUUGCCAUGGGCUCUUCUCCUAACCUUGUGGCAUCAGUACCCAACCACGCACUAUCUCAGCCUGCUGAGAAAAGAGACAGAUGAGAACGUGACCUCUAAAGCUCUCCUCAAUGGUACGUCUGCACUGAGAGAAGAAGGCUUCCCAUCAUGCACUCGGCAGCAGCAAAGCAUAGGGGCUACCCCUAAAAUCAUCCAGAAUUAUGUGUACUCCAGGCCUCCCCCAUGGUCAGACACCCUGCCAACCAUCUUUGUUAUCACCCCUACCUACACUCGGCCGGUACAAAAAGCUGAGCUGACCCGCCUGGCCAACACCUUCCUACACGUACAGAACCUGCACUGGGUGGUGGUGGAGGACUCGCCGCGGAGGACCAACCUGGUAUCCAACCUGCUGGAGAAGGCUGGGCUCAACUUCACCCACCUCAAUGUGGAGACACCCAAGAGCCUAAAGCUGGGCCUGUCCUGGAUCCCAUCCCACACCCCAAGAGGGACACUACAGAGGAACCUGGGGCUGCACUGGCUGAGGGACAGCUUCAGCAACACCGCACCACCAGAAGGGGUGGUGUAUUUUGCCGAUGAUGAUAAUACCUACAGCCUGGAGCUCUUUGAAGAGAUGCGCUACACAAGGAGGGUGUCGGUCUGGCCAGUGGCUUUUGUUGGGGGGCUGCGAUACGAAUCCCCAAAAGUGAGCCCAGCAGGGAAGGUGGUGGGCUGGAAAACCGUCUUUGACCCUAAUCGUCCCUUUGCUAUUGACAUGGCUGGAUUUGCUAUCAGCAUCAAGCUGAUUUUGGAGAAGCCUCAUGCCAGUUUCAAGCUGGAGGGAGUUAAGGGAGGCUACCAGGAAACCAGUCUCCUGAAGGAUCUAGUAACUAUGGAUGGGCUGGAGCCCAAAGCAGCCAACUGCACAAAGGUGCUGGUCUGGCACACAAGAACUGAGAGGCCCACUCUGGUUAAUGAAGGCAAGCGUGGAUUUACAGAUCCCAGAGUAGAGGUGUAAGCAAAGAGCCAGCUCCAGGGUAGGCAGCGGGCUGUGAUCAUUCCUGAAGUUUGUCAGCAACCAUAGCAGCUGUGCACCCUACCUGUUCUGCCCAGCACUCUGCUCCACUGCUGGAGGAUGAUAAACACCCCCAAAUGUCGCCAAUCUGAUCAGCUCCCACUGCCCAAAAAGGUCGUAAUAAGCGGGGACAGAGCUUAUGUGGUGCCCUGCGAUCCUCCCCACCUGGGAGAGGAGUGCUUCCCUUCCCCUAUGGGCCCUGUACUUCUAACCAUUCGUUAAAAUUUAUUAGAUGUGAUCUUCAUUCUCAGCUGUGCCAGCAUAGGAGCUGACAUCUGGGAUGGGUGCAGGUGCCUGCAAAGGUCUCUCCUGGCAUAUGGUAAAGCCUGAGCUUCAGUGGUUCAAGGUCAGGAGUUGUCAUUAAAGCACAAAUGUGGACCUGUUGGCCUGAGGUUGGUAUGCUCUCAAACCGGCUUUAAAGCAAAGCUAGCCUGAGACACUCUCCCUCUGAGGGAUGCAUUCAGAUACUUACAUGGAUCAGCCUUCAGUGUCGGAGAGGAAGCUGUGACAGAGUGCCUCAUUUGGGGUUUGGGAGUUCAGAAGCAAUCUGGUGCCUACCCCUCACCUGGGAUCUUGAACUGUUCCUGCUUAAGGUUGUUUUGGAAAAUGCUGUCCCAGAUCCCCAGGCAGAGAGCCCUCUGGAUAAAGUUCCUCUCUUGCUCAGGGAGACCCGGCAGAUACUGUACUUCAAAGGCCCUGCCUCCGUGUCUCGCUGCAGGGACCAGAAAGCAAGGGCAAAGAUGGAUGGACUUGAACAUAUUCAAGGCCUGGAAGCCUGCUGGAGCA